GGAAGUACAUUUUUGGGGGGGUGAUGCUUAUUGUGUUGACUGGCUAGUAAAGUAAGUGCCGAGACAAAUACCAUAGCCUUGCUUUCUAUCAAUACCUCUGGUAUUUGUAUUUAUUCGAAUAGCCUCAUAUACAGUAAAUGCUACAUCUUAUAUCUCGAAAUUAUAUUUAAAAAAUUGCAUUAGGUAGAGACCACAACUUCCAACAGUAACGUUUGCUAGCAUACUAUCACAGACUAAAGUGGUUUAGUUACUGUGUCUUUGCUGCUAACUUUAGCGAUUUUUCCUUUUGAUAUACGGAAUCGUAACACUGACCAACCUGAACAAAAGUAGCAAAAAUUUACGAUCUCUUAACUGUAGCUAGCUGCUCAUAGACACUUUGCCAUGAUAUCCGCAGCCAUCAUAACUUUCCAGUCUCAGCUCUCCGGAGUCAUGGAGACGGUCCUUAAGUCAGCUAUGUACGAGAUCACCAGGCUGGUGGAGGAUAGUUUCCUGGAGGAGGUGUCGCGGAGCCGGGAGCAGGUCGAGUCACUGAAGACGCGGCUGCAGUGGUCGGAGAACAGGGAGAGGAACAGAGCAGGAGGCCAGAGGGGGAAGUGUGGGGACUGUGGGAGAGCUGGCAAGGAAGGUGAAGAGAUAAGCUUAGGAACUUCACAGACAGGUGUGGAGAGGGGGUGUGGCCUGAAGCAGGAGAAGGUACCAGGGGAGGAGUGGAGCAGCUGUGGGGGCGUGGCCAGGGAAACAACCUUCAAUGAUCUGGAGGAGGCUGAGGCCACCACCCCUAGGAGAACCUCUGAGUCCACAGAGGUCGCAGGUCAGAAGUUGGACAGUCUGCUGAAAGAGGAGGCUCUCCACAACACUGAGCUACGGGAGAGAUGGGAGUUCUGCCUGGACGAGGCUGAUGGUUCAGACAUCUCUGGGCCCAGUAAGAGUUUUAUUCAGCAGGAGCUACAGCAGUGCCAGGAUGAGUGGGGAUCCAGUCUAGACCAGAGGCCUGAACCACCAGGCCCCGAGAGAGACCAAGGGAAACCCAUCGACCCUCUCUACCGUCCCCACUACAGCAUGGAGGAACUAGGGGGUGACUUUGAGAAGUCUGGUUAUGGCAGUCCUAGUAGUGGAGGCCAUCUUCUGGACAUGGAAGGGCUGGAUAGGCUUUCUGGUUCUCCGUCUCGUCUGGGGGCGCUGAGCUACGGAGCUGCGGGUCACUACCAGGUGAACCUGGGGGGGUCUGAGGGGGGAGACCAUCACCAUCGCUCCAACAUGCCUGGCCCCCAUCGGAGCCGGAGGGAGCAGGUGGGGUCGCCAAUUCCAUCCCCCCACCCGGAGGUGGGAGACCUGAACUGCCUGUUGAUCAACGAGGAGGGGUACCUGCAGGACUCCAGUGUCUUGUACCCUGAACAUGAUGUGCCGGAGUCGGGUAGCAGAGCUGGCCACAGGGUGCUAAUAUCCAUCCACUCUGGAAGCUCAGCCCACAACAACAACACAGAGAGCCUGUAUGAUGCCGCUGACGACUUUGGACACUCUCUAAACCUCAGAGAUUGUUCACAAGAGCAGGUAACAGGAAGAGUGGGAGGAGGGGGGAGGCGUCAUGCCUGCAAUCAAUGUACCAUGAGCUUCCCAGACUCUGGUUCCCUCAAAGCCCACAAGCAGACACACAAAACGGGGAGAGGGUUGAGUUCAGGGUUUGGGCCUCCAUACUCCUGCACCCAGUGCGGUAAGACCUUCACCCAGGCUUGCAACCUCAAGGUCCACCAGCGGGUCCACCAGGCAGAGGGACUCCACCUCUGCAGCCACUGCUCCAAGGGCUUCACCUCCUUCUCCGACCUGAAGAGGCACAAGUGCAGCCAGACGACAGACAAGCCCUACUGCUGCUCCGUCUGUGGGAACAAGUUCAGUCGGCUCUGGAACCUCAAGCUGCAUCAGCGCAUACACACGCAGGAGAAACCCCACCGCUGCACUAUGUGCGACAAGAGCUUCACGCGGGUGGACAUUUUGAAGGUACACCAGCGCACACACACUGGGGAGAGGCCGUACUGCUGUGCUGUGUGUGGACUCUGCUUCAAACGACUGGCCCAUCUAAAGUUACACCAGCACGAACACAGGCCGGAUUUCCUGGCCUGAGCGGUGGUCUAGAACAGUGGUUUCCAAACUGUGAGGCACGGGGUCCCCCCCAAUUUUUUUUUAUAUAUAUACAUACAAUACCAUUCAAAAGUUUGGACACACCUACUUAUUCAAGGAUUUUUCUUUAUUUUUACAAUUUUCUACAUUGUAGAAUAAUAUUGAAGACAUCAAAACUAUGAAAUAACACAUAUGGAAUCAUGUUGUAACCAAAAAAGUGUUAAACAAAUAAAAAUAUAAUGAUUUAUUUUUUCAAUAUACAUUUUGAAAGUUAAUUGAAGUGCAGUCGCAAAACCAUCAAUCGCUAUGAUGAAACUGAAUCUCAUGAGGACCACCACAGAAAAGGAAGACGCAGAGUUACCUCUGCUGCAGAGAAUAAGUUCAUAAGAGAUACCUGCCUCAGAAAUUGCAACCCAAAUAAAUCAAGUAACAGACCCAUCUCAACAUCAACUGUUCAGAGGAGACUGCGUGAAUCAGGCCGUCGUAGUCGAUGACAUUAGAUGGAUUGGACAUUAGACCGGUGUAAAUCUGUCCUUUAGUCUGAUGAGUCCAAAUUUGAGGUUUUUGGUUCUAACCGCCGUAGCUUUGUGAGGUGCGGAGUAGGUGAACGGAUGAUCUCCGCAUGUGUGGGUCCCACCGUGAAGCAUGGAGGAAGUGGUGUGAUGGUGUGGUGGUGCUUUGCUGGUGACAC